CAUGAUGGGAUUGGGUGUAUGGCUGCGAUCUGCAGACGCUCCGCGACGAAGGAUUGAGACGGGGAAUUGACAUCGCGAAUGUCCGCGAUAGGAAGCGACGAGCGGGCAGGUGUGUAAAGUGCCGGUCGGAGGAUUCGGACAGGACGAAUGGGGACGGAAAACCUGUCGGCAUGCGUACAAUCUGCGCCAGAAGAGGUCUGUACAGCUGCAACGGGCAUCGCGAACGUCUGCAACUGGAGAUUUCAAGCGAUCCGACGUGGAAGAGGUCUAAUCAACAGGUCUGCAAAGCCUAACGGAGGUGAGGCGGCUUCUGCAAAUCAUGGAGAGACCGCCCGAAGGAGUCAUAGGAGCUGUAACGGGCACCACGAUGGUUCGCUAUUGGUGGGCAGAAGAUUGCGAUGCGCGUGGGACGGAUGGGUCACAAACUUUGAAGCUGGGCGCUGCACUGUGAUGCGUACCUGGACAGAGAGGAAAAGGCAAGAAUGGCGAUUGAUGGCUUUAUUCAUCUCUCAGCUCACGAAACUUGUGGGCGCAUGGAGAUGUUUGGGAGAGAAAGGUUUUUGCGCUGCAUCUACCGACAGGGCAGAAGAUCGCGUAGCUAUACCCACAUGUCACAUUUCGAAUGGGUGAUGGAUUCCAAGAGCUAGGCUUUGCGAUCUGUUGCAUAGCAUGAAGAAAACAUGGUAAGAGGUACGAUUCUUGGAGCUUCAUUCUUGACUUCUCCGAGAUCUUCAUCGCUUCAUCUACCAACAGAGCCGAAGACUGCACGGUCCAGCUCAACCAGUGCAAGAAAGUGUGAGUA